AUGCCAGUAAGCCCAAUGGUCCAAUUUCGAACCUUUGUCGGCGGCGUGGUGGUUAUCGUCUCUACACUCUUCCCUGGCGCUGAUGCUAGCUUCGAGCAGAACUGUGCACAGUUGUCUAGAACAUUGAGCAUCGAAAAUGCCACGGUCUGGUUUUCCGAGUUCGUCGCUGCCGGUACAAACCUGACCUUCCCUGACAACAACGCCACCUGCCUCCGGCCAAAUCAAGUCGUCAGUGCCGACCUAUGCCGCGUGGCUUUGUACGUCGCUACCUCGCCACGGUCGGGGAUUAGCAUGGAAGCAUGGCUACCGAGGAACUGGACAGGGCGGUUCCUUAGUACCGGCAACGGGGGAAUUAGCGGCUGCAUUCAAUACGAGGACAUGGCAUACACGGCCGGUCUCGGAUUCUCCACGGUCGGCGCGAACAAUGGCCACAACGGGACGGGCGGCCACGCUUUCCUGUACAAUCCUGAUGUGGUGGCCGACUAUGGCUGGCGCUCGAUCCACACCAACACCGUCGUAGGCAAGCAGAUCACGCAGGCGUUCUACAACCAGACAUACACGAAAUCAUAUUAUCUUGGAUGUUCGACCGGCGGUCGCCAGGGGUUCAAGUCUGCGCAGGCCUUUCCCGACGAUUUCGACGGGAUCGUCGCGGGGUCUCCUGCUAUUCGAUUCAACUAUCUAGAUGCGUGGUCCGGCACAUUCUACCCGCUCAUUCGAGACGCCGGUCCUGCGGGCUUCCCACCCAACACGACGUGGCCGGCAAUUGACAACUCUAUCCUGAAUCAGUGUGAUAUGAUUGACGGUGCGGGCGAUGGAAUCAUCGAAGAUCCAGAUCUGUGCAUCUUCCGCCCCGAAGCUCUGAUCUGUGGGUCUGGUGUCUCGCCCAGCAAUUCCUCAUCCUGCAUAACCAGCCAACAAGCCGCGACGGUCCGUAAACUAUUCUCCGACGUCUACGGCGCCAACGGCACGUUCAUUUACCCGCACAUGCAGAUCGGGCCGGGGAUCAUCGAGCCGAUCUACGAAGCUUACUCACCAGGUCAAUUCCCCUAUACGGCCGACUGGUUUAAGUACGCGGUCUUCAACGACCCAUCCUACGACACCGACGCUCUCACACCGCAGGACUGGGCGUACGCGUGGGACCAAAACGCGGGCGACACGAAUACGUGGCAAGGCGAUUUAUCGGCGUUCCAGAACAAAGGCGGCAAGCUCAUUACUUACCACGGCCAAGCCGACCCAGAAGUCUCCUCCACGAUCUCGCCUCUAUACUACGAUCACGUCUCGCGGGCGAUGAAUUUGCCGUCAACGGCUCUCGACAACUUUUACCGCUUCUUCCGUAUCUCCGGCAUGGGUCACUGUGGCACGGGCCCCGGCGCGACGUUCAUCGGGAACACCGCGGCUGCGCUCGCGAGUCUGGACCCCAGCGAGAAUGUGCUCACGGCCAUGGUGAGGUGGAUCGAGGAAGGCGUGGCUCCCGAGACCAUCACAGGUACAAAGUUCGUCAAUGACACACCGGCGCUGGGCGUGGCUUUCAAGAGAGCACAUUGCCGGUAUCCCUUCCGGAAUGUCUAUGUGGGAGGAGUUGGAGGAGACUGGAAGAAUGCGAGGAAUUGGAACUGUACCCAAGUUGUUUGA